UCUGGCUGGCGGAGUAUGCAGGAUGGACGGAUCCACUGGGGGUUGCUGUGGUGAGGAGGACACGUGCAUGGACAAGCUGGCGGUUUGUUUGGACGGAUUGUGCGUAUGUGCAGAUGGCUCCAGGGCCAUUAGCGGGUGGUGUCGAGCAGAUGGCGCGCUCGGGGGCAUCUGUGAUGGCACGGGAAACGACAAAUGUUCCGGGGACAAGUUUGCUGACUGUGUCGACGGGAUGUGCAUGUGCAUGACGGGCUUUGACGCAAUCGGCGGCAUGUGCAGAAUGAGAGGGGCGCUGGGUGGCAUGUGUGCCGGGACUGGCAACAACGAGUGUUUCAUUGACAAGUUUGCCGUGUGUGACAACGGGAUGUGUGUGUGCAAGACGGGGUCAUCUGGUAUCAGUGGAAUGUGUAGACCGAACGGUUGGACAGGUGGCAUCUGUGACGGCGCGGGCGGAGACGGUUGCUCCGGCGACAUGAACGCCUUCUGCAUAAACGGAAUGUGCAUGUGUAUAGGCGGAUAUAUACCGUCCAGUGGCGUAUGCGUGAAACUGGGAAGUCUCGGAGGGCCAUGCAUGGGCAACGCAUGUCCAGGAGACAUAAUGGCCACCUGCCAGAGUGGAAUGUGCAUGUGCAAUACGAACUCGUCUGGAAUCGCUGGGAUGUGUGUGCCAAACGGCGGGCCCGGAGGGAUCUGUGUGUCCGGCAAGUGUCCCAUGGACAAACAUGCUGUCUGCACCAGCGGAAUGUGCAUGUGCGGGCAAGGAACAUCCAUGAUCGGCGGUUUAUGCAGACAUGACGGUCGGCUGGGCGGAAUGUGCAUGAGCGGGAGGUGUCGGGGCCGGAUGGUGAGAUGUGACUCGGCCACUAUGUUGUGCGUCUGUAAAAACGGUUGCGAACCUUGGGCAGGCACCUGCUACAACAAUCGCCGUCGAUACUGAUAAAUCUACAGUCCUUCAUGCAGUCAACAACACUUCAGCUACACCAACAACAACACAUCAGCUACCGCAACAACAGCCAUGCUCCUUUUGUCCAUUAGCGUUUCUUAACAAGAUGUAAAAUUAAUGUUCAACCAUAUAUUG